AUGGUGUUGUUCGACAAGUUGAAGCUGAUGGAUCAUCUCAACAUGCAGCAUCAAGUCCAAGCAGUGUUGGAACAGCGCAACAGUCACCCAGUUCUUCAGCAUAUCGUUCUUGUCAACCGUGUUGCCUUCAGCGAUAGCACUGUGAUCAUUGAGGACCUGACAGAAUUUUUCAAACUCAGGAGCUUCUGGUUCUGGCCUUGUUCGAAUGUUGCAGCACUCAGAUGUCACGCACUUCGACAUGUUUUUCUUUUUGAGAUCAUUUUGGACUCAGGUGCAGAUACCAGCGCACUGCCGUUGACUUACGCUGAUGUUGGUGAAUCAUGUCAGCAUGAAACAGUUGGACAAGACGGAAUUGAUGCGCAAGGUGGAAAGCUUGACAUACGUGACACAAGACUUGCAACUGUUGACCUUGGCAAUGGCGUGAUUUUGCGUGAACGUUUCAUUAUUGCAAACAUCAGUUGUCCUUUGCUUGCGCUUGUUCAUAUAGCUCGAGCAGGCUGGGAGAUUCAGCACUUCAGUGAUGGAAUUUUUCUUGUGAAGAAUGGCAAGUUUGUCAACGUGAGCUUCAAACGCAAUUCACUUUGUGUGAAAGGUUCCAUUCGAAUGAUCUCUGAGGACGAUUGUCUGAGUCCAACUUCAACAGCUCCAGAACCAAAGGCCUUGAGAGCAAUCCAUUUGCAGCCAGUGAAUCCACAGGUCUAUGCAUUGACCACUCGACGUGCAAGGUUUGUGGAUACUACACUUUGCCCUGCAGGUGAAAUGAUGUGGUUCAGGACAACGCUGGUGUUUCGGGAUGCCCAUGGAUGGGAGUUAUUGGAGUUUGGAGAGCCCAUUUCAGAAUUGGAAGACUUGGAGGGUGAAAUAUAUGCCCCAGAAUCUGUGAUAGAAGUUCUCACGAUAGCACAUGCGCACAACGUUGCUUCAGAACAGCUUAGUUUUACUCUGAGGGAUGGAGAACAGGCACCUUACUUUGACGCAGAUGUCUUGGUUGGGCAAGCUGGUGAUGAUGAGCCAGGUGACCAACAAGAAGGCCCACGGCCUGUGCAGGAAGCCCCAGCUGAAUUGCCUGAUGCAGAGCCGUUGGAUGAAGAGCGCAUUGUGCCGUACACAGAUGAGAGUACAGACUGUAUGCGUCGCAUGUUGGAGUUUGUGAAGACUCGUGAGCUCAUGGAAGCCCAAGCAGUGGAGGCAACUCUCAAAAAGGAUUCAGAACGUGUUGCAAUCCCUCAGAAGAAACCUGUCGAGCCCACGGAGUCCAUGAAGCAGGCCCACAACUUGGUGCAUGCGGGGCUGCUGGGACAAGCUGAGCAGCCGCAGGAUGGUGAGCAAGAACCCAUUUUCAAUGAUGAGGGCCUGGAAGAGGCCGUAGCAGCAGCAAAGCGUGCUUCAAGGGCCCAGUCUAUGAAUGUGGACGUGCCUCAGACCCCCGUCUAUGCUGAGGACAACUUGCCUCACGAUGCCAAAAGCUUGAGCACACGCUUUGUACGCACCUGGAGAGAGAAGAAAGGCAAGCAAGGCAAUGCUAUCUGGUUGCGUCGCAGUCGUUUGGUUGCAAGGGAGUACACAUGGUUGCAGCCUGGCAGAGAAGCUCUUGUCUCACCGGCUACUUCGAACAUUGCCAGCCGCAUUUUGCCUAUUUGCUUUUUGGCCCCUCGAGAGCACCAAGACAUGAUGAUGUUGGCCAUUGAUGUCAAAGACGCUUUCUUGACAGUCAAGCAAGAACAGCCAACUCGUGUACGUUGCACAGAUGCCUCUGGGAGAAGUGUCUCAUACAGUUUGGGCUGUGUCCUUCCAGGUCAGCGUGAUGGCAGUCUUUUGUGGCAUCGAGACUUAAAGUUUGUUGGUGAAAGCAGCCUUGGGAUGGAAGAGUUUGAGGCCUAUCCGUCCAUCCUACGUUCCAAACUUGGUGAUUGCUUGUUGAUGAUUCACGUGGAUGACCUUUUGGUCAUUGGGUCACGCAAAGCAGUCACAGAAGAGCUGAUCCCACAACUGCAGUCAAGGUAUGAAGUUUCCAUCGAGAUCAUGUCCAAUGUCGGUGACGAGUUGACCUUUCUCAAGCGCACCCACCAGCUUUUGGAAUCUGGGCGCAUGGUGGUGAAGAUCCAUGGGAAACAUUUGGAUCAACUUUGCACUGUUGCAACUCUCAAAGCGCUUGCAGAACAAGAAUUCACCUGGACACUCUGA